AUGGGCAAGACCAAGUCUACCACCAAGGUCAGCAAGGCUGCUGACCCUCUCACCAAGGUGAAGAGCGCCGCCGUCGCCAAGGCCGUCGAGAGCCCCAAGUCCAAGACCAAGGCGGCCUCCAAGAAGUCCAAGAAGGUCGUCGAGCCCGAGUCCGAGUCCUCCGAGAGCAGCGAGGAGGAAUCCGAGUCCGAGGCUUCCAGCGACUCUUCCGACUCUGAGGAGGAGGAGAAGCCCACCAAGAAGACUGCUGCCCCCAAGGCCGCCGCCAAGAAGGCCGAGUCUUCCGACUCCGACUCUGACGACUCUUCCGAAUCAGAGGAGGAGGAGGCCCCUAAGGCCAAGACCAACGGCGCCGCUAAGAAGGCUGAGUCCUCCGACAGUGACGACUCUGAGGAGGACUCUGACGACUCCGACUCUUCUGACGACGAGAAGACCGAGAAGAAGGCUGAGGCCAGCUCCGACUCCUCCGACUCCGACUCCGAUGAGGAGGAAGAGACCUCCGACUCUAAGGAAGCAUCUGAGACUGAGGCCAAGGUUGAAGAGCCCUCCAAGAAGCGUAAGGCUCUUGACGAGCCUGUCAUCCCCGGCAAGAAGGCUCGCACCGAUAUCUCCGACAAGAGCUCUACUCUCUUCGUCGGCUCCCUCGCCUGGGCUGUCGAUGACAACUCUCUGUACGAGGCUUUCCAGGAAUUCUCUGAUCUCACCGGUGCCCGCGUCGUCACCGACAAGGCCACCGGCCGCAGCCGUGGCUUUGGCUACGUCGACUUUGCUACCCCUGAGGCUGCUGCCGCUGCCCUUGAGGGAUCCCAGGGCCGCGAGCUCGCCGGCCGUGCUAUGAACAUCGACUUUUCCGGCCAGAAGCCCGCUGGAGAGGGUAACCCCCAGGCACGCGCUUUCGACCGCGCCCAGAAGCACGGCGACACUGUCUCACCCGAGAGUGACACUCUCUUCGUCGGCAACCUUCCCUUUGACGUCGACCAGGACACCGUCCGUGCUUUCUUCAGCGAAGCUGCUGAGGUCACCAGCGUCCGCCUGCCCACUGACCCCGAGUCGGGCAACCUCAAGGGCUUCGGCUACGUUUCUUUCAACUCCAUUGAUGAUGCCAAGACUGCUUUCGCUCAGCUCAACGGCCAGUACGUUGGCGAGGGCCGCAGCGGCCGUGCCGUCCGCCUGGACUAUGCCGGCCAGAAGCCCCAGCGUGAGGGCGGUGGCUUCGGUGGCGGCCGUGGUGGUGGCCGUGGUGGUGGCCGCGGUGGCUUCGGUGGUCGUGGACGUGGUGGUGGUGACCGCGGUGGCCGUGGUGGCCGUGGCGGCCGUGGUGGAUUUUCCUCCACCAACCGUGGUGGCUUCGGCGACUUCAAGGGCCAGAAGGUCACCUUCUAA